AUGGCACUACAACUGAACAAAUCAAGAAAGCUAAAGAGAACCAAAAUGGCUAAUGAAAGUGAGCGUGUUGUGGUCGUAGGUGUAGAUGAUUCAGCACAUAGCUACCAUGCACUCGAGACAGCUUUAGAUCUCUUCUUCAUACCUUUCAAGAGCAGCCCUCAAUUCAAACUUGUCGUUGUUCACGCCCGACCAACAGCGAGCUCUUUCCUCGGUGUUGCUGGUCCCGUAACGGUAGAUGUAAUACAAAUGGUGGAACAAGAUUUGAAAAAGACUGCUGAGUUGGUUAAGAAGAAGUGCGCCGAAGCGUGUUCGGCUAAAUCCGUUGAGAUCGCGUCUUCGGAGGUGAUUGAAGGAGAUCCUAGGGAUAUAAUGUUGGAAGCUGCGGAGAGACAUCAUGCAUGUGUUCUUGUCCUUGGUAGCCAUGGUUAUGGAGCUGUCAAGAGGGUGUUUUUGGGCAGCGUGAGUGACUAUUUAGCUCAUCAUGCACAUUGCUCCGUGAUGAUCGUCAAGAAACCUAAGGCUAAACCUACUUCUACUGGUCAUCACUGACGAGAGGAAUACAACGUUUGUUAUAUACUUAUAUAUAUAACCAUUCUAU